UGUGUCAGACGGGAAGGUGAUUGGAGUAUUUUAGCUCUGCCUACAUGACCGUCAACAGCAAUGGCUACGUGGCGCAAACUGCUCGUAUCCGCCUGUGCUUUCAGAGCGCGCAAUGCGACCUGCAGGACUUUUAAAACUAGCAGCAGGGGAGCAGAAAAAGACAUCUUUAAUGAUCUGGAAUCACAGUUCCGGGCGUUCCGCGAGAAAGCGGCCACAGCGAUGCCCGGCAGUGACUGGAACCCGUUUGAAUUGACCGCCGGGCUGCCCCCAGAAAGGGCUGAUAUUGUGAUAGUGGGAGGUGGGGUGGUGGGCUGGUCCAUCGCAUACUGGCUGAAGAGGAAAGAGAAAGCAAGGGAUGCUCUGAGGGUCGUUGUGGUGGAGAAAGACCCUUCUUAUACUCAGGCUUCCACCGUGCUGUCCUGUGGUGGUAUCCGACAGCAGUUCUCUCUUAAAGAAAACAUCCUUCUCUCUUUGGCUUCUGCUGAUUUCUUGAAGAACAUUAAUGAUCAUCUGGGAAUGUUAAAUGAAGAUCCGGUUGAUCUACAGUUUAAUCAUUCAGGAUAUCUCUUCCUUGCCAGUGACAAGUCAGCUCAUAUCAUGGAGGAGAAUUACAGGACUCAAAGAGAAGUUGGUGCUAAGGUUGCCCUCCUGUCGCCAUCACAGCUGAAAGAGCGUUUCCCCUGGAUAAACACAGACGGUGUUGCUCUGGCCUCUCUCGGGUUAGAAAAUGAGGGCUGGUUUGAUCCCUGGUCUCUCCUGAAUGCUCUCAGACGAAAGGUCAUGUCUAUGGGAGUCUAUCAGUGCUUUGGAGAAGUCACAGGAUUUCGAUGCUCCGCAAGCACAGCGGAAGCUAAAGACGGAGACAUUUUUAAUGUCAAACGUAUCAAAUAUGUUAAUGUACAAAUGCCCAACAGUUUGGAGUAUCAGCCGGUGGAGUGUGCAGUUGUAGUCAACGCAGCAGGUGCAAACUCAGGAAAGAUCGCCGAGAUGCUCGGCAUCGGUCUCGGCCCGCAACAGUCUAUAUCUGGUAUUCCAUUCCCCGUGGAGCCCAGAAAGAGAUUUGUUUAUGUGGUACAUUGUCCUGAUGGACCAGGCUUGGAGACUCCGUUUCUGAUCGACUAUUCAGGGGUUUACUGCAGACGAGAGGGACUUGGAGGAAAUUACAUCACAGGAAUGUCACCAGAGGAAGCAGAAGAACCAGAUAUCAGUAACCUUGAUGUGGACCACGAGUUCUUUCAAGAGAAAGUUUGGCCUCGACUGGCCCACCGUUUACCAGCAUUUGAGAGUCUAAAGGUUUCAAGCGCGUGGGCUGGUUUUUACGACUACAACACCUUUGACCAGAACGGCAUUAUAGGACUGCAUCCUCUGGUGACCAACAUGUACUUUGCCACAGGCUUCAGUGGUCAUGGUCUACAGCAGUCCCCUUCAGUCGGCCGUGCCGUGGCAGAGCUGAUUGUGGACGGAUGCUAUAAGACCAUCGACCUCAGUGCCUUUGAUGUUAAACGGAUUCUGCUGCAGGAACCAAUACUGGAAAGAAACAUUGUGUGAGGAGCAGAGAAACAUUCGAGAAGACCGUUAUGUGUCUGAAGGAUGGUACCAUUUGAUAUGAUCAUGUCAUCGAUGUUGUUUUACAGAGACUUGCAUUAUGUACAAUAUAGGAGUUAUAAUCAUUACUGUGAUUUCAUCAUACUGUGCAACAAAUGAGACAAAGUUAAAGGUCAGGGAAUUCAUUUGCACUAUUUGCUAAUGUUCAUAUAUGCAAUGGCAUUCAGUACAUAAAUCACAGAAACAAGGGGUUAUUCAGGUUUUUAUUUGUAAUUUGUUUUAGAUAUUUACACUCACAUGAUUGUUUUGGAAAUGAAUACCAAAGAUAAUCAUGAACUUGAAUUGGAUGAAAUUUAAUGUGUAUCUGUUUAAUCUUGACAAAUCUGCAGUAUCUUAUUUUAAUAUGUUUAUGCGAGUACACUUGAAUUUUCACUAUUCAAAUAUAUUAAAGAUAGUUGUACUGCAUAUUUUACAGGGAUCUAAACUAUUCACUUUUUAACAAGAAACACCCAUGUCAAGCAAAUUUGCCAAGUUAAAUAUUUAACAUUCUGUAAAAUUACUUUAACUGGUUAGUCACUUUAAUAAGCAAUAGAACAUCUGUCUUAAUUUUUUUGUUUGUUUUAAAAUCCCAAACAUCUAUGCUAGACAUUUAAACGGCACAUAUUUACUUUAACUAUUUGCUUCCACCUUCAGAAUAUACUUGUAUAUAACCAGCUUUCAGUAAUGCAGUACAAUAAAAACAAUCCAAUAUUGAUUAUUAUUACAAAAAAAAUGUAAAAUAAUAAAUGUAAAAAGUCUUUAAACCGUAUGUAUCAAUGUUAUAAAAGAAGAGUACAAAGGACAAUAUUUG